ACAGCACCUCCAGGCGCACGCACAUGGCUAGGUGCUAGCCGGCGCGGGGCGGUCUGGGAGUCGGAAGCGCGCGGCGGAGCCGGGCGAAGACGAUCGCGGGCCCAUGCAGGACGCGGAGAACGUGGCGGCGCCCGAAGCGGCCGACGAGCGGGCAGAGCCCGCACGGCAGCAGCCGGCUACUCAGCCACCCCCGGAGGAGGAAUCGGCUGGGCCCGGAGCGCCUGAAUCGGCGCAGAGCGAGGACGCCGAGGAAGAGGCGGCAGCUGGGCCAGAGGUGAGUGCUGAGCCGACGGAGGAGGCGACCCCCGGCCCUGCCGCAUCGCCCCCGCCCCUGCCCACUGAGGACCGGGCGCUGCAGGCCGAGUUCAGAUCCUCGGGAGAACAGGCCAGCGAGCAGUGCACCGAGGAGGCGGCCGGGCCCGAGGGCAGCGCGGCCGAGGCCGCCCAGCACCCGGUGGAGAACGGCGAGGCAGACGAGCCCUCCUUCAGCGACCCCGAAGACUUUGUGGAUGACGUGAGCGAGGAAGAAUUGCUUGGCGAUAUACUCAAAGAUCGGCCUCAGGAAGCAGAUGGGAUUGAUUCGGUGAUUGUAGUGGACAAUGUUCCUCAGGUGGGACCUGACCGACUUGAGAAACUCAAAAAUGUCAUCCACAAGAUCUUUUCCAAAUUUGGUAAAAUCACAAAUGAUUAUUAUCCUGAAGAGGACGGAAAGACAAAAGGAUAUAUCUUCCUGGAAUAUGCAUCUCCUGCCCAUGCUGUGGAUGCUGUGAAAAAUGCUGAUGGCUACAAGCUCGACAAGCAGCACACGUUCCGAGUGAACCUCUUCACCGAUUUUGACAAGUACAUGACCAUCAGUGACGAAUGGGAUAUUCCAGAAAAACAGCCUUUCAAAGACCUGGGAAAUUUACGUUACUGGCUGGAAGAGGCAGAAUGUAGAGAUCAAUACAGUGUGAUUUUUGAGAGUGGAGACCGGACUUCCAUAUUCUGGAAUGAUGUGAAGGAUCCUGUCUCAAUUGAAGAAAGAGCGAGGUGGACAGAGACAUAUGUGCGUUGGUCUCCCAAGGGCACCUACCUGGCCACCUUUCAUCAGCGAGGCAUCGCUCUUUGGGGGGGAGAGAAAUUCAAGCAGAUCCAGAGGUUCAGCCACCAAGGCGUUCAGCUCAUCGACUUCUCGCCUUGUGAGAGAUACCUGGUGACCUUUAGCCCCCUGAUGGACACUCAGGAUGACCCUCAGGCCAUAAUCAUCUGGGACAUCCUUACUGGGCAUAAGAAGAGAGGUUUUCACUGUGAGAGCUCAGCCCACUGGCCUAUUUUCAAGUGGAGCCAUGAUGGCAAGUUUUUUGCAAGAAUGACAAUGGACACCCUUAGCAUCUAUGAAACUCCUUCUAUGGGUCUUUUGGACAAGAAAAGUUUGAAGAUAUCUGGAAUAAAAGACUUUUCUUGGUCUCCUGGUGGUAACAUAAUAGCCUUUUGGGUGCCGGAAGACAAGGAUAUUCCAGCCAGGGUGACCCUGAUGCAGCUUCCUAGCAGACAAGAAAUCAGAGUGAGAAAUCUCUUCAAUGUGGUGGAUUGCAAGCUGCACUGGCAGAAAAAUGGAGAUUACUUGUGUGUUAAAGUAGACAGGACUCCGAAAGGCACCCAGGUAAGUGGGUGCCAGGUGGUGUACCCCUACUGCAUCUUCUCCCACUCCUCGCAUGAGCAUUGUGUCUGUGUUGGCUGUGGCACGGACUCAUGGGCACUUGCUUUUCUUCCAGAAAUGUUCGAUAAGCAGCAGGCAAACACCAUCUUCUGGAGUCCCCAGGGGCAGUUUGUUGUGCUAGCCGGUCUGAGGAGCAUGAAUGGAGCCCUGGCGUUCGUUGACACCUCAGACUGCACUGUCAUGAACAUUGCAGAGCACUACAUGGCCUCUGAUGUCGAAUGGGAUCCCACUGGACGCUAUGUGGUCACCUCUGUGUCCUGGUGGAGCCAUAAGGUGGACAAUGCCUACUGGCUGUGGACAUUCCAGGGACGCCUCCUGCAGAAGAAUAACAAGGACCGCUUCUGCCAGCUGCUGUGGAGACCCCGGCCCCCGACACUGCUCAGCCAGGAGCAGAUAAAGCAAAUUAAAAAGGAUCUGAAGAAAUACUCGAAAAUCUUUGAACAGAAGGAUCGUUUGAGCCAGUCCAAAGCCUCAAAGGAACUUGUGGAAAGGCGGAGAACCAUGAUGGAAGACUUCCGGAAAUACCGGAAGAUGGCUCAGGAGCGCUACAUGGAGCAGAAGAAUGAGCGUCUGGAGCUGAGAGGAGGGGUGGACACAGAUGAGCUGGACAGCAAUGUGGAUGACUGGGAGGAGGAGACCAUUGAGUUCUUUGUCACAGAGGAGAUCAUUCCCCUUGGGAACCAGGAGUGACCAGAGCACUGUGGUCACCAUGCUGGGCCUGGCGCCGAGGCCCUCCUGCAGAAAGCCUGCACACCUGGGUUUUUACCUGUGCUUUCUUUCACUCUGGACUGUGAACGCACCUGGGAUCCUUCCAUCAUGACACGAUUUUGUGCCUUUAACCCCUGGUGUCCGCAGUGGGCAGUUUUAGGCACUGCUUUCACUUUCUGCUGUUUGGAUGUCAGCACCGCCAUGAUUGCACCUGGACUCCAGCUGCAGUGCUCCUGUGGCUGCUCUCUUGCUGUGGUGGUGUUUACAGGGGUCGCCUCAGCCAAGCGGUGGGUUUCUGUGUUCGAGGACUUGGCCCUGCGUGGGCCUGUGUUGGGUGGAUCCUGGAGACCAGCAGGAGGUGCUCACCAGGUGCCCAGGAAGCACUGCCCUCACCUGCCCUUCUGGAUGGCAGGUCCUCUUGGCAGGCUGACCGUGGAAAUAAAGCAAACCUGUAUGAACAAGCUGU